AUGUCGCCACUUUUAGAGAUAGAUCAAAGCAAAAUAUGCUGUGGAUCUGACUUCAUACAUCCCCUCUUUGUCUACCUCUUUGUCCAUCUCUUAGGUCCUUUGUUCCUCCAUUCGUUUCUUGGCGUUGGAUCAAGCCACAUAUCUACAAUGGAGUCAGAAAAUUCAACGGCAGACAGGAAAGCAGCUUACAAAAGAAGACUAAAGGAAUUGGAGAGUGAAAUGAAUAGCGUUUUUCAAGAUAUGGAGGAUCUUAAUAAAUCACAUGAGGAAGAUUCAGAAUUGACUUUCGAAGGUAGGUUAUUUGUGGAUAGUUCAGCAUCUCAGGAUGAUUCUUCCGACACGAGGGCCGAGUUUCAAUUCAAAGUUGAUCCCAUGUGCCCAGAUAAAGUCCUGAUCUUGGAUUCAAAGUCCAUGACGGAUUCUAAAAUAAAUUAUUCUAAUUAUAAUGUUCCUCAGAAAAUAAAUACGCCUCAUUGUAUUUUAGAUGUAAUCAAUCAUGAGAAGAGUACGGACAAAAUGGCGGAACCAGAGGAAUCUGAGACGGUUCAUGAAAAUUUCGAGUCGGAUGAGGCCUGUAUUUAUUUGGGUGAUAAUCCUUCUAAUGACACAGAAGAUUUAAUUUUGCUAGAAAGCAUCGCUAACCGCUUAAAGUCUUGGACAAAAAAGGGAAUAGGAAAAAAGGAGAUUAAGGAGGAACUCUUAUCCUCAAUCCCAAGGAAAGGUGCGGUCAAUUUAGAAGCUCCUAUUUUGAAUGAAGAAGUCUUAGUGGAUAUCCAUCCAAAAUCGCUGAUUCGUGAUGAAUUUUUUCGUGAUUAUCAAAAUUUGACAGGCGCCGCUUUAGCAUCCUCAUCGUUGGUUUUAAGUAUGAUACUAAACGACUCGCAAAAUCCUUUGGAAAGAGAAGAUGUUCUAAAAAAACUCUCAGACACAGUGAAGCUUCUCUCCGAACUAUUCUUCUCAUUGACAACAGCUAGAAAGACUUUUCUACUUGGUAGGUACGAGGAACGUGUACAAAAAAUUCUAAAGAAGGUCGAGCCAUCAGCUUUACUUUUUGGAGACAACUUAAGGUCUCUCAUAGAAUCCUCGAAGGCGAUGGAGAGGCAAUUUAAACUGGAGGAGCUCUACGAUCAGAAGAGAGGUGGGUCGUGGGAGCCAUUCUUACAACCGCCAAAGGACAACCACCUCGAAACCCUCGGGAAUGCCAAUAUCAUUCAAGCAGAGGACUCCUGCAAAGAGAUAUUACACACAAUCUCAGCCUCAACAGAGGAGUCAGCGACAUUAGAGGAGAGUAAAAAUGGUCCAUCCGAUGGCAUCCAGUCUUAUCCUGGUUUCCGGCAUUGUUUCUGGAAAGCCCUGCAGAAAAAGAACUUGGAUGAUGACACAAUCCAAAUAAUGUUUGCAUCUAUGGCUGAGGGGACAGUGAAACAAUACAACUCCGCUUUGAAAUAUUGGUGGUCAUAUUGUAAAGAAGGCCAACAGGAUCCUUUUAGGGCCAAUGAAAAUAUUGUCCUUCAAUGUCUAUCGAGGAGGUUCUCAACAGGGGCAAAUUAUGGAACAUUAAAUUCCUUACGCUCAGCCAUUGCUUCGAUAAAUAGUUUCGACACAUCGGAUAGUUUGUUAAUUACACGUUUUUUCAAGGGAGCUUUUAAACUUCGUCCAACCAUUCCAAAAUAUAAUUCCACGUGGGACACGGAUAUUAUGUUAAAAAAAUUAAAGGAAUGGAGUCCAUGUGAGGGGUUGGACCCACAGAAAUUGACAAUUAAGACGGUAAUGUUAAUAGCACUGGGGUCAGCAUUCAGAGCUCAAUCAUUAGCUUUAAUACAGCUAAAGGACAUAAAAUCGCAUUCAGGUGGUGUGGAAGUUAGGAUUACGAACUUAAUCAAGACUUCGAGAGCAGGAGUUAAUCAACCACGAGCCUUUUUCCCAUUUUUUAGUGAUAAGGACUUAUGUGUGGCCCAUACACUUUUAUAUUAUAUCGAGGCUACAAACUCAAUUAGAGGAGAGAAAGAAAGAUUGUUUUUAUCGUUUAAGCAACCUUAUAGUGAGAUAGGCUCUCAGACCAUAAGCAGGUGGUUAAAGUUUGCCAUGAAAGAGGCAGGUAUUGAUGAGAAAUACAAAGCGCACAGCACCAGGCACGCUUCUUCUUCAAAAGCCUCAGUUAGAGGUAUUGACCUUAAAGUUAUUAAAGAUGCUGCGGGAUGGUCUGAGAGGUCAAGUACUUUUUUUAAAUUUUAUAAUAGACGGAUCGACGGCUCCGAAGGAAGUUUUGCUAGAGCAAUAUUAGCUCAGACCUGAUAUUAAAAGGGAAGAAGAAAGAAUUUU